AUGGCAAGACAAAAAAAAGAGGAUCCUCAUUCAAUCAAAAUAAAAAAAGAAAAAGAUGAUAAGAAAAAAGGAGUAGAAGAAAAAAAACCAAAGAAACAGUCUUUAAAAACAAUAAAAAAAGAACCAGCUCUUAUUAAAAUUAAAAAAGAAACAGUAGAAGGAACAAUAAAUGAAAUUAAAAAAGAAAUCGUACCGAUUAAAAAAGAAAUUCAACCCAUCAAAAAGGAAAUACAUGCAAUAAAACAAGAACACAAAGAAAGUUUAUCAAAAAUAUCAUCAUCAAUAUCUGAAAAAACAUCGAUUCUCGUUCCUAAAUCAAAAGUAGUUAAAAAAUCACCUUUGGAAAGAGUAGCAGAGAUAAAUAGAAGAAAUGCACUCACUUCAAUACCUAAAAAUGCUUUCAUGAAAUUUGUUAAAGAUCUUGUUCUUAGUAAUCAAGACUUUUUAGAUAGAAAUGAACUCCGAUUCCAAAGAGAUGCCAUUCUUGCACUUCACUUUAUUGCAGAAGACUUUUUGGUAAAGCUCUUUGAAGAUAGUAAUUUGUGUGCCCUUCAUGCCAAACGUGUGACUGUUGAUCUACGUGAUAUUCGUUUAGUCCUUAGAUUAAAGAAGUUGUAUUGA